CUUGUCCUUUCUUCCAUUUGACCAUUUCUCGUAGCAUAGUUGAACGACGGCUAGGAAUUUCGCCCGCAUCUUCGUCAAGAGACGGACGUAUACAAAAUGUUGGGUUCACUCAAAAUAGUUUUACUUUUAGGUGUAAUUUAUUUAUGUAGGGCCGCUGAAGAAGAUGUGUUAGAUCUUACAGAUUCAGACUUUUCUAGUGUGAUAUCUCAACAUGAUACUGCCCUAGUCAUGUUUUACGCACCAUGGUGCGGCCAUUGUAAAAGACUGAAGCCGGAAUACGCCGUAGCGGCCGGCAUUCUCAAGAACGAUGACACCCCGGUCGCCCUGGCUAAGGUAGACUGCACGGAAGGCGGCAAGAGCACGUGCGAACAGUUCUCUGUGUCAGGAUACCCCACUCUGAAGAUCUUUAGGAAAGGAGAGCUUUCGCAGGAAUACAAUGGACCUAGAGAGUCAGGUGGUAUUGUGAAGUAUAUGAGAGCCCAGGUUGGACCCAGCUCCAAGGACCUGCUCUCUGUGGCUGACUAUGAAGCAUUCUUGAAGAAGGACGAUGUUGUUGUCGUCGGCUUCUUUGAGAAGGAGACCGACCUCAAGGGAGAGUUCCUGAAGACUGCUGACAAGCUGCGUGAGGAAGUUGUCUUCGGACACUCAACUGCCAAGGAAGUGCUUCAAAAGAGUGGCUACAAGGAUAACGUAGUCCUGUUCAGGCCGAAACGCCUCCAGAACAAAUUCGAAGACUCGUUCGUCGUGUACAAGGGUGAGCCCGAGACCUACUCCCUCAAGGCCUUCAUCAAGGAGCACUUCCACGGUCUGGUCGGUGUGCGUCAGAAGGACAACAUCCAGGACUUCGGAAACCCUCUGGUCGUGGCCUACUACGAUGUGGACUAUGUCAAGAACCCCAAGGGCACCAACUACUGGAGGAACCGUGUGCUCAAGGUUGCCAAGGAGAUGUCCGAGGUGAACUUCGCCGUGAGCGACAAGGACGACUUCACUCACGAGCUCAACGAAUACGGCAUCGACUUCGCGAAGGCCGACAAGCCCGUCGUGGCCGGAAAGGACGCCGAUGGCAACAAGUUCGUCAUGAGCGCCGAGUUCAGCAUCGAAAACCUCCUGGCUUUCACCAAGGACUUGGUCGACGGCAAGCUAGAGCCAUUCGUGAAAUCCGAAGCAGUUCCCGAGAGCAACGACGGGCCGGUGAAGGUGGCUGUUGGCAAGAACUUCAAGGAGCUGGUGACCGACAGCGGUCGUGACGCGCUGGUCGAGUUCUACGCGCCAUGGUGCGGACAUUGUCAGAAGCUGGCGCCGGUGUGGGAGGAGCUUGGAGACAAGCUGAAGAACGAGGAAGUGGACAUCAUCAAGAUCGACGCCACCGCCAACGACUGGCCCAAGUCGCAGUUUGACGUGUCCGGAUUCCCGACCAUCUUCUGGAAACCUAAGGACAGCUCCAAGAAACCUGUCAGAUACAACGGCGGACGCGCUUUGGAAGACUUCCUGAAGUACGUCGCUGAGAACGCCAGCAGCGAACUCAACGGCUGGGACAGAAAGGGCAACGCCAAGAAGUCCGAGCUGUAGUGUUGUGAUGUGAAACUUUCCAUGAAAGAUCUGUGAGUGAAUGUAGCGAGCGUGUCUGCGCAACUGCCCGCGAACUCGGCUGGUGUUGCCAUUUUACCAUCUCACAUUUACCGAGUUUGCACAGUUUUAUAAUUUAGUAAUCUAAAUACAGUAAUUUGAAUGCAUUUCUUAUAUAUGUUGGUGGGCUAAUGAAUAAACUAGGUUGUAUUUAUAA